AUGUUUGUUUGCCAUGUCUGUGCGGCACGUGCUCGAGCGCGGAUCUCAGGGGGGCACGCACGCACCGCGAACGACGCGCACACGUCGCACGGAUGCUGUUCGCGACACCUCCCUCUCAAUCGGACCCUGGAUGUUGGUGAAACAACAAGUGCUAUUCCGGUGUCUCGCAGCGCGCCGUGGGAGCGUCGCGACCUCGGCGUGAUGUACCUGCACGCGGGGCGGCUGGACGAGGCCUUGGCGGAGCUGCGCGAGUACCGGCGAUCGGAGCACGCGCGGCGCUCGGCCGCGGCGGAGCGGGAGCUGGUGGACCUGUUGCUGGCGCUGCUGCAGGAGAGCGGGGUGCAGCCGUGCGCGGAGGGGCCCCUGUGUCUCGAGCGCGAACUGAACCGAGAACGCCCCGAGAUCGAGCUGACGAGGCGAGCGAUCGAGUGGUAG